ACCCGCUGGCCACCAUGUCCGUGGAGCUCGAGGAGGCCCUGCCGCUGACGACCGCCGAGGGGGCGGCCAAGAAGGCGACCAAGGCCGGCGGCUCGGCGGCGCUGUCCCCGGCCAAGAAGCGGAAGAACAGCAAGAAGAAGAACCAGCCGGGCAAAUACAGCCAGCUGGUGGUGGAGACCAUCCGCAGGCUGGGCGAGCGCAACGGCUCGUCGCUGGCCAGGAUCUACACGGAGGCCAAGAAGGUGCCGUGGUUCGACCAGCAGAACGGGCGCACCUACCUCAAGUACUCCAUCAAGGCGCUGGUGCAGAACGACACGCUCCUGGGAAUGAGCGCCAUCGACGCGCAGGGGAUUGGAUGGUGGGCCCCACGGGGCUUUAUACGCCGACCUCCUGGCGAGGUCGGUCUGGAGCCAGGGGCCUUCAGCAAGUGGCGGCCAGCAGCAUUCGAGCACGCUGUGGGGCAGGCCUUCCACGCUCUGAAACAUCACUCGCAGUUUUCCUUCGCGACCCAGACCACCCCCACAUUCCAGCCUCAGGCCACAGGGGUCUGGGUGGUCACAUGA